UCCCAUCUGCUCUUGGAUUCUCUCUCUCUGUGUCUGUUGAUUCUGUUUCUCUCCCCACCUCUGCCUGGCUCGGGCUCUCCUCUCUCUCCGUGGCCUUUCUUCUCAGUGAUUCAGUUGGUCUGGGUCCUGGUCGUUUUCUCUCUGGGGCUGACCCAUCUGUCUCUCUCCCCCGCGUCCCUGGGUCCCUUGGACCCCGCACCGCUGGUCCUGCAGAAUGUGCCCCACAAGACCUCACUGCCUGAGGGCAUCCGAGUCGGCACCGUGAUGAGGAUUCGUGGUGUCAUUCCGAACAAGGCUGGCAGGUUCUAUGUGAAUCUGCUGUGCAGCGAGGCCCCGGGGGGUGAGGCCGCCCUGCAUUUCAAUCCCCGCCUGGAUGAGUCAGCUGUGGUCUUCAACACUCUGGAGCAGGGCACCUGGGGCCAAGAGGAGCGCGGCUCAGGCAUUCCCUUCCAGCACGGGCAUCCCUUCGAUAUGCUCCUCAUUGCCACGGAAGAAGGCUUCAAGACGGUGGUCGGCGACUCCGAGUACCACCACUUCCGCUACCGGAUCCCGCCGGCGCGCGUGCGCCUCGUGGAGGUGGGCGGGGACCUGCAGCUGGAGUCGGUGAAGAUCUUCUGAGACCCCCGGGAGGGCCGGGGCGCCGGGGUCCCAGCAGUGGCAAAUAAAGCUUCAGCCCCCGUCUGUGCGCCUCUGUGUGUCUGCGCCUCCCGCGGGGAGACGCGGAAAGCGGGUGCAGAGGGGCGAAGACGCUGGCCGAGGGUCCCACGGCGAUUGCGCGGCCGCGGCGGGUCGGGCUGUGUCUUGGCUCGUCGUCCAGCCGCCCUUUGCCGAGCAGCCCGGCGGUGCGCGGGUGGGGGGACCCGAUGGGUUCGGAGCGGGCUCGAGCUCCCCUUGGCGCCCCCCGCACGCAACAGCAGAGCUCCAUGUGGGUGCAUCUGCAAACGGGGGAGCGAGUCCCCACACGCCGGGUCCCCGGGAGAGCCCGAGCUGGCGGAGACGGGGCGAGGACCCGUGUGGGUGCCGGGAGCCGGCUGGCGCGGGGUGGGGCGUCGCCCGCCUCCCAGCUGUCCCCGAGUCGGGACAGGCCCCCGCCCGUGCGCCCCGGGGCAGACGCGCACGGGGGCGGCAUCUCCCCGCGGAGCGGACGGGGGACACGACGAUCAGGCCUCUGGGUCCCCGCUGCGGGCACGCGCCCCACUCCCACACGUCUUCCACCUGGGCUCAUGGACGGCGCCGGCCCCCGGCUUCCUGCCCGAGUGCCAACGAGGGGGAUCGGGGGACUGGGCACCCACACACAGACGCCCAGUUGCCCCCACCGCUACGCGGUGCCUUUCUGAUCGGUAGGUGGCUGCUCGUCACUUAAUGGCUGUGGUUGGAGAGAGGUCGUGACUCCGUGAGCGCGACACUCUUCAGUGGCCGUGUUCCUAAUUUUGAGAUGGAUCGGGUCACUGCGGUUUGGGCCCUGGCGGGGAGUCUCAGGAAAGUCGGAAGCCACGCCCCUGGAGGGAUUUGCUUGGGGUUCCGGGCCUGGGAUCCCUGCGAGAUGUAGGACACGUCGCCUCCCCGUGGCCUCUGCCGAUGCUGCAAUUUCGGCAGUUGGCGUGGGCGCGAGGGUGCAUUAUCUCGUUUUCCUCUGAAGAUGCAAAAUUAUGUGUGACCUCGAAAUCUGGGCGAAUUCGAAUCCUUCCAAGACUGAACUUUCUCUACACUUCCGAGCUUCAACCCAGAGAAGCCCCUCGUCAUUCUGGGCUCUUCUUUGUAUAUUUCUGGGUGGGCCGUGGCAUGAGGGGUCUUCCUCUCCCGGUGGGAGACCUGAGAGAGAAAUCUAACAUCCAUUGCUAUACCAGGGCUCUUUGUUAAAUGAAUUAAUUUUUAUUUCA